UCUUAAUCCCAAAAUCUAACAAAAAGUGAAACAAAUCUCUCCCUUGCGAGCUUCAGGCAACUCUCCAACGUUGUUACAAAAAUCAGUUCAUUUUCCAACAGAUGUCAGUUAAAGCUCUGUCAUUUUAAGAAACAAAAAAGUUGUAUUUGUUCUGUCGUAAGUUUUGUGUUCUUCGUUAAAAAGAUUGGUGAUUCAUAUUCGUUUUGCUAACUCGUGUUUUUGUGCUAGAAAUCUCUUUAUUUUAUGUUCCAAUCAGGAUCUAAUUGAGUCCCCAUUGGUGACGCUGUAUAGAGUAUAUUUUCCAUUGUUUGUUCUAUUAAUAUCUCCUUCAUUUCCCGAGAAAAUGACGGAAAAUCCAAAGUUGGAUUCGGAAGAGAAUUCAGUUUCGGAUCAUAUAAAUGCAGAUAAACCAGAUAGCGUCGUUAUCGACAUGGAAACUUUUAUUCAUGGAGUAUCCAAUAAAGAGAAUAAUCCAAACUCAAGAUUCCCAAGAAGCCUUUCUCGCAAAGGGUCACUUCGAGGUGAUAAGAAGAAUGUUAGUAGUUCCAAUUCUACUUCCAUUGCCAGUGAUCAUAGAGAUUCUUUUGUUUGCAGCUCCUCCUCUCCUGGAGGGUUACCGGAAAAGCUCACUGCAGUGAUCAAGGAGUCCGGCGGUCAUCAGAGCAACCCACAAACUCAUCGUCAGAUCACCUUUACAUCGAGAAAUAGUAUCAAGCGAUCUCCUCCACCAUGGCUACUAGAACCCAAUAGGAUUCUCCUCUUCUUUGCCACAUUGCAAGUUUUUAAGCUAUUAUGACAAGUUUUUAAUUAAGCUAUUAUUAUGUAUUCAUUGUGAAAUUCUCUCUUUUGUCACGACAGGUCCAGCAUGGGUACAAUUCUGCUGAUAUACUUCACAUUGUCAAUUAG